CCUGUAUUAUUCUAGUCCUUUCGUACAGAUAGAGAGAAGCAUCUUUGGUGGGGUGGUGCUGCUUAUGCAGAUUUUCUGAUCUCUAGGUGUUCGUCUUUUUGUUUAGUUUAUUCUCCUACAGUAAUGGUGUUCCUUUUUUUUUUUUUUUUUAACUAGGAGCUUUGUUAUGUUGAGUUUGAGUUCAAAGGAAGAAAGCUAACACACUGUCACAGAAGUAGAGGGAGGAAGUGCAAAACCCAAUGACUCAAACCCAAGGAGAAAGGUUUGGAAUUUGAGGCAAAUGUUUCAAUGCCCAGCUCGAGGCAAUCCUUCUGCAUCUCUUCCUCCUCCUCUUCUUCUUACUUGUUUUGUAUCCUUCUCUUCCACUCCAUUUUUCUCUAUGGACUAGCAUUCUCUGCAAAUCAUGAGGCGUCUGUUCUCUUCUCUUGGCUUCAUAGCUCUGCCUCACCGCCACCUCCAUCUUUCUCCAACUGGAACAUUCUUGACGCCAACCCAUGCAAUUGGACCUUCAUAACAUGUUCCUCACAAGGUUUUGUCACUGAAAUCAAUAUACAAUCCAUCCCUCUAGAGCUUCCAUUGCCUUCCAAUCUCUCCUCCUUUUCCCAUCUUCAAAAACUAGUUGUUUGUGAUGCCAAUCUUACUGGAACCAUCCCUAUUAACAUCGGUGACUGCCCUGCCCUCUCUAUCAUUGACCUUAGCUCUAAUAAUCUUGUGGGGUCUAUCCCUGCAAGUAUAGGUUAUCUUCAAAAGUUGGAGAGCUUGUCUCUGAACACCAACCAGCUUACAGGGAAAAUCCCAGUAGAGCUAGGCAACUGCAUUAACCUAAAAAGUAUCCUCCUUUUUGAUAACCAGCUGAGUGAUGUUAUCCCACGUGAGCUAGGAAAAUUGUCAAAACUUGAGAUCAUUAGAGCUGGAGGAAACAAAGAUUUAGUAGGGAAAAUCCCUGAAGAGAUUGGAGAAUGCAGCAAUUUGACUGAGCUGGGGCUGGCUGAUACUGGUAUUUCAGGCUCAUUGCCAGCUUCAUUGGGAAAACUGAGCAAGCUUCAGACUUUGUCCAUCUACACUACAAUGCUAUCUGGUGAGAUUCCAGCAGAGUUAUGUAACUGCUCUGAACUUGUUGAUCUAUUCCUAUAUGAAAAUAGUCUAUCAGGGUCUAUUCCAUCUGAGCUGGGUAAGCUUCAAAAGCUGGAGCAGUUGUUUUUAUGGCAGAAUAAUCUUGUGGGAGCUAUCCCAGAAGAGAUUGGAAACUGUAGAAGCUUGAAAAGAAUUGAUCUGUCUUUGAAUUCUCUAUCUGGAACUAUACCUUUCUCUUUUGGGGGUCUGUUAGAACUUGAGGAGCUAAUGAUAAGUAAUAAUAAUGUGUCUGGGUCAAUACCUCCAAGUCUUGCAAAUGCCUCAUAUCUGCAACAGCUGCAGGUUGACACAAAUCAGCUCUCAGGUCCGAUCCCCCCAGAGCUUGGAAAGCUAUCAAAGCUCACAGUUUUCUUUGCUUGGCAAAACCAACUUGAAGGAAGUAUUCCUUCUACUUUGGCAAACUGUAGUAAUCUUCAAGCACUAGAUUUGUCUCACAAUGAGCUUACUGGUAGCAUUCCUACUGGCCUCUUUCAACUUCAAAACCUUUCAAAGUUGCUCUUGAUUUCUAAUGAUAUUUCAGGUUCAAUCCCAUCAGAAAUUGGCAGUUGUAGUUCUCUUGUAAGACUGAGGCUUGGGAAUAAUAGGAUUACUGGUGGGAUCCCAAAGUCAAUAGGGAGCCUAAAAAACCUGAACUUUUUGGACCUCAAUGGCAAUCACCUUUCUGGGCAAGUCCCAGAUGAGAUUGGCAACUGCACAGAGCUGCAAAUGAUUGACUUCAGCAGCAACAACUUAGAAGGUCCACUUCCUAAUUCCUUGUCAUCACUAUCUUUGCUCCAAGUAUUUGAUGGAUCUUCUAACAGGUUUUCAGGUCACAUACCAGAAAGUUUAGGCCAUCUUGUUUCACUAAAUAAACUAAUCCUUGGUAGAAACCUGUUUUCUGGACCAAUUCCGGCAUCAUUGGGCCAAUGUUCAAGUCUCCAAAUGCUUGAUCUUAGUGGCAAUGAGCUCACAGGAAGAAUUCCGGCAGAGCUGGGUCAUAUAGAGACUCUUGAAAUUGCGCUUAACCUAAGCUGCAAUUCUUUAAGUGGCCCAAUUCCAGAUCAGAUUUCUGCUCUUACCAAGCUUUCUAUACUAGACCUUUCUCAUAACCAGUUAGAGGGAGGUUUAAACUCACUUGCAGGGCCAGAUAAUCUUGUCUCUCUUAAUAUUUCCUACAACAAUUUCACAGGUUAUCUACCAGAUAAUAAGCUUUUUAGGCAACUAUCGCCAAAGGACCUAACUGGGAAUCAAGGGCUUUGCACAUCUGGUCAAGACUCAUGCUUUGUGAGUGCUUCUAGUAUGUCAUUGAAUGGAAGUGAGGCGAGGAAGUCACGAAGGAUUAAGCUAGCUAUCAGUUUGUUAGCAGUCUUGACAGUACUACUGACAGUAAUGGGGAUAAUUGCAGUGAUAAAGGCGCGAAGAACCAUCAGAGAUGAUGAUUCAGAACUAGGGGACUCAUGGCCAUGGCAAUUCAUUCCAUUCCAGAAGCUAAACUUUUCAGUGGAGCAGGUGUUGAGAAGUUUAGUUGAAGGAAAUAUAAUUGGAAAAGGAUGUUCUGGUGUUGUUUACCGCGCUGAAAUGGAUGAUGGUGAAGUCAUUGCUGUGAAGAAAUUGUGGCCAACAACAAUGGAUGCAGGAGACGGAUUCAAGGAUGAUAAAAGUGGAAUUCGUGACUCGUUCUCAACUGAGGUGAAAACCCUUGGCUCAAUCCGUCACAAGAACAUUGUUAGAUUCUUGGGCUGUUGUUGGAAUAAAAACACUAGAUUGCUGAUAUAUGAUUAUAUGGCAAAUGGGAGUUUGAGUAGUCUACUUCAUGAGAGGACGGGAAAUUUUUUGGAAUGGGAACUCAGGUACAGAAUUCUGUUAGGGGCUGCGGAAGGCCUUGCAUAUUUGCACCAUGAUUGUGUGCCUCCUAUAGUACAUAGAGACAUCAAAGCCAAUAACAUCCUCAUUGGCAUUGAGUUUGAGCCUUAUAUUGCUGACUUUGGCUUGGCUAAGCUAGUUGAUGAUGGCGGCUUUGGUCGGUCCUCCAAUACAGUUGCCGGUUCUUAUGGAUACAUUGCUCCGGAGUAUGGCUACAUGAUGAAGAUCACAGAGAAAAGCGAUGUUUAUAGCUAUGGUGUGGAUUUGGAAGUCUUGACAGGCAAGCAACCGAUAGAUCCGACGAUACCAGUGGGCCAACAUGUUGUUGAUUGGGUGAGACAGAAGAGAGGUGUUGAAGUUCUUGACUCAAGCUUACUGUCAAGACCAGAAUCAGAGAUAGAGGAAAUGAUGCAGGCCUUAGGCAUAGCCUUGUUGUGUGUAAAUUCAUUACCUGAUGAGAGGCCAACAAUGAAAGAUGUUGCAGCAAUGCUCAAAGAGAUCAAACAAGAAAGAGAAGAAUAUGCAAAAGUCGAUGCUCUUCUAAAGGGAUCUCCUGCAAAUAGUGUCAGGCCAACAUCUUCAUCAUUAUCAUUGACAGCAGGGCAAAAUUUGAACCCAGAAGGCAACAAUACGAUCUUCUCUGUAUCGUCACUGCUUCGUUCAUCUUCUUCCAGUGCCAAAGUGGGUUUGAAGUGAUGAACUGCAUAUAGUCAUAGUUGGAAAACGGAAGCUUGUGUUCUAAUCAGUUACUGUCUCAUAAUGUUUGUUAUUAUCUGCUGUUGUUCUUCAGUCAUAUAUAUGUAAAGUUUAAAAGUUUGUCAUAGCAGAAAUGAAAGCUACAAACAGAUCCAACAAUUAUAGAUGUGGCUUUUGGAUUAUCAUUGAUCUGCAGACUGCAAUCAGAAUAGCUUGUACUUUUGAUCUCCAAGCUUGGAUUCUGAACAUGUCAGCAUAAGAAUAAAAAUUAGCCCAAGUUUGGAGCUAUCUUUUCAUUUA